GUACAAUGCAUGUGCGAGGCGCUACAUCAACGGGGGGACGUCGAGCGUCUCGCCACCUUCCUUUGGUCGCUGCCACCCUCCGAGCUGUUGAGAGGCAACGAGAGCAUCCUCAGGGCGCGCGCCGUCGUCGCCUUCCACAGGGGGUCCUUUCACGAGCUCUACGCCAUACUCGAAUCGCACUCGUUUAACCCGCGCUGGCACACCGACCUGCAGAACCUGUGGUUCCGCGCCCAUUACAACGAAGCCGAAAAGAUACGGGGACGUCCACUAGGAGCGGUAGACAAGUACAGGUUACGCAAGAAGUACCCCCUGCCGAAGACAAUCUGGGACGGGGAGGAGACGGUUUACUGUUUCAAGGAGCGCAGCAGGAACGCCCUGAAGGAGUGCUACGCGCGCAACAAGUAUCCGACGCCCGACGAGAAGAGGGCGCUCGCGAAAAGGACGGGACUCACGCUGACGCAAGUGUCGAAUUGGUUCAAAAAUAGACGGCAAAGGGAUCGCACGCCGCAAUCAAGGCCGGAGCUACUGAUGAGCAACCUGUCGCUCGGCUCUGCAAACGGACUGACCGGCCACCAAGGCGGCAUCGAGCUGAGCACGUUCCCCGCCAAACUUUUCGACCCAUCCUGUACAUUAUCCUCGUGCUACAACGAUUACCAAAUAUAGUUACUAAAUGAUUAUUAUUUUGUUGCAUUGUAUAUUUA